UUUUGUGAUAUAUCAAAAAUUGUAAACAGUUCUUCAGUUUCAAACAUGGCGUCAUUUUUCUCAGAUAAUGAUGAAAGUACGAAGUAACCGCAAUUUCAAGUCACGUUAAAUCGUAUUUUUUUGCGUAAUUUCGUAAAUAAUACAUCCCAAAUGGAGAGAUCACUAACGUCCGAGCAAACAGUUACUCAAAUGCAAACAGAGACUGUCGUAGAAACAGAUGUCACAGAUUCUGCAUCUCAGGAUGUACCAACAGUACGAUUGUGUCUUAGAAAGCCAAGAUCAAGUAAGAAGGUUCAAUGGACUCAAGGCACUGUAGAUAAUGAACAUAUGAAUAAAAAAAAAUCUAAAUGUUGUUGUAUCUAUGAAAAACCAAGAAAUUUUGGUGAAAGUAGUUCUGAAGAUAGUGAUGAUGAAUGUGAACAUUGUCAUGGACAUAAAGACGCUCAUAAGAAAAUUUUGCCACAUAAUGCAGAAACAUCUCAAGAAUCUUCUACUCCGGAACCAAUAGCAAAUGCAUCUAUAUAAAUAUGCUGAUGAUAUAAAUAAUUUCUUUAAAUGGAAAGACGUACUUCUUGAGUUAAUGUUACAUAGAAAGAAAAUAUGAAAAUUAGGAAAUUCGAAAUAUCAAAGAAAAAUCAGUUUUAAAUACAAUUGUAUUACUAUUGUUCAUACUACUCGUUGACAUUUUUGAAUAAAUAUUGUAAGUUACACUUGCAAUAGACAAGCAUUGGUAAGGCAUAUCAUCAUUAAAAGGAAAGAAAAAGAAAAUAUUGACUUUUAUUAACAUUGUAGUUAAUGACUGUUACACAAUUUAAUAUUUAUAUAGUAUAUGAUUGAAAAUGAAUUUAUCAAUGAUAAGCUAAUGGUCAUCAAGUAACUCAAGAGAAAGAUAUAUCCUUUUUUUUGUUAAACAAAUUAAAAUUAAUCAUGAUUCCUGUAUCACAUAGUAUAGAACUUGUUGCUUCUUGACGGUGAUAAAGUUAUUUAGAAACAAAUUGCAAAAAUAUUAUUGUAAGUAUUGUAAAAGUUUAUUAGAUUUAAAAUUCUUAACGAAAUAAUUAUAAACGUGUAAUAUAAAUUCCAAUGAUUCUUGAACAGUUUUUGAUUAUAUGUAUAUUGUAUAUCUAUUACACAUCUCUCUUGUUUUAAUAUAGUAAUUGGGCAGAUAUACAUAUAUGUUAUGUUGGAUAGAUAUAUAAAUUUGUAACAGGAAAGUAUACUUUUUCAAAUUAUUUUUUUUUUAUUAUAAUAUUUGUCUAUAUGUAUUCUUUUUGUAAUUGUAAUAUUUUCAUUUUAAAUAAUUUUAAUAUAAAUAACAAUGAAUGUCAAAAUGUUGAUUUUAUUUUAAUUUAAAGUUAAUUUUCUCACACAGAAUAUAUUAAUUAUAAAUAGUUGUUUGUACAGUUCUGAUGAUACACUGUUUGUAUAUAUGUAUAUAAAAAAAAUUAAAGAUUUUCUGUUUAUUUUUUUUUUUUAUAAAUGAAACUAUGAAAUUAUUGCAACAUUUUAAUUUUUUUUGUUAUUUUUCAAAGCAGUUUCAAUAAUUGCAUAUUAAAUACGUGUGUACCAUCAAAACUUAUUCUAAAUUAAUUUAAAAAUAUCAGUCAGAAAAUUACUUAAACACGAAAUAUUGUCAAUUAAAAUAUGUCAUGAUAGUUCGUGAAAGAAUCUCUGCUCUUAUACUUCGUAAAUGUUUUAAAACAUACAACCUAUCUCUGAAGAUAAUUUAUCAUUAAGUACAUACAGAGUAAAACGAAGAACAAUAAAAUGAAACGAACAGAAUACUUCUGUGAAAAAUAACAACUUUGAACUUCUUUAUAAAACACAUUAUAAAUAUUCCAAUUUCAAUAAACAUCAUUGUACAAGAGAA